AUGCCAAAAGGUGUAAAAGUGAUCAGCUACGACAAACAAGGAGUGGGGAAAAGGUUCAAAUCUUCCAAAAAAAGGCAUUCAUGGAGACUUGAAAUCGAAGGAGACCAAAUCCAAGUUGAUCUCUAUAUCUCAAAGAUUUCAGGUAAAAGAAAAAUUGUAGUUAAUGGUGAUAUUCGGCAUCAAAGCAGCAAAAGUGUAGGGAUGCUUCAGUAUCCGUUCGUAUGAAAGGAUCAUAAUUUAAAUGUCAUCCAGCAAGGCGACUCAUAUGAUCUUAGGGUCGAUUCAGUAUCUUUUGAGCACAUGUUCUUGCAAGCAAAAAAUCAAGCAGAGUUUGGAUAUGAGAAGAAGUAUAUUGAUGAUAAUUUUAGCAACAAUGAGGAUGGAGGAUUUGGUCCUGGAGGCUUUGAAAGAAACGAAAAUUUCGGACAAGCUCCUGAGUAUUCAGAGAAGGAAGAAAAGCACGAAUACCCGCCAACUCAAUUUAAUCCUUCAAAAGCAGUCCCAAGCAAUCCAUUUGACGAAUGUUUUGAAGAGCCUUAUUAUGAAAAUGAUGGAGAAAACGCAAGAGAGCAAGAAUUGAAGCCAAUACAUAAAUAUGAUCAAUGGGGAACUCUAGAAGCUCCAGCUAAUGAGCAAAAACCCAAACCAAUAGGUAUUAGACCUCCUGAGCCAAAAAGACAGGCUCCUAAAUCUCAAGCAAUAAAUCAGCCUCCUCCGGCAAGCCAAAACAUUUUUACCGCUCCUGAAAUUAAGCAAACUCGAACAGAAAUUCAUGGAGACUUAUUUGAAAAUCCUUCAAUACCAAAUCAAGCAUCCAAGCCACCUGCACCUAAGCCAGCAGCUUUACCAGACUUUCCUCAGUCAUCAAACCCGUUUGAUGUUUUCGAUGCCCCACCAAACACUACAAAUGCAGGUGGUCAAGGUUUCCCACAAAAUCCUUCAAUGAACCCGACUAUGAAUUAUCCUGCCAUGCCUCCUCAAGCGAUGCAGUUCAAUACUGGAAUGCCUGGAAACUACUACAUGCCUGCAAUGAACCAGUUUUACACUGCAAAUCCCUACUAUUACUCUCCUUUCAUGCAGCAGCCAAAAUAA